AUAUGGCCAUGGAACAAGCCUUCCUCUUUCUUUUCCCUCUCUUCCUCGUUUUCUCCCUUUUUCUCCCUUUCUUAGCAAAACUUAGUGAAGCAGAGCGAAGGAAGAAGAUCCCACCAGGUCCAUGGCCCCUUCCUAUCCUCGGCAACCUCCAUCUUCUCGAUCCCCAAAAACCUCACCUCUCCCUCCUGAACCUCUCAAAUAAACAUGGCCCUCUUAUAUUCCUCCAACUUGGCUCCAUCCCCACCUUAGUCAUCUCGUCUCGCGACAUAGCCGAGGAGAUUUUCACCAACCACGACCUCACCUUCUCUGGCCGCCCUCAACUCAUCACACCAAAGAAGCUCUUGUACAAUUGUUCAAGCAUCGCCUUUGCCCCUCAUAAUGAUCAGUGGCGCCAAGCUCGCAAGAUUGCUAUGUUUGAGCUUCUUAAUCCUCGUCGUGUUCGAUCUUUUGAAGUAGUGCGGAGGGAAGAAGUGGAGAAGCUUAUGGCCACCAUCAAUGAUCUCCCGGUAGCUAACUUAAGCGAGCUAACACUUUCAUUGACAAAUAGUGUGAUCUGUCGAGCGGCGCUUGGUGAUGACUUCGGAGAUGGUGGAUACAGUGGAAAAGGAGGGGUAUCCGUUCAUCAGCUCCUCUCUGAGACCCAAAGUUUACUCGGCGGCUUUUGCGCAGCAGAUUUCUUUCCUAUCAUGGGUUGGGUUGAUCGUUUGAGGGGCUUUCAUGGGAGGCUGGAAAAGAACUUUGAAGAGAUGGAUAAGUUUUUUGGUAGAAUUAUUCAGGAACAUCUUAUAAGUCGAGAAAAAGAAGAGGGGAACGAAGCUAGCACCAUGGAUGGCGGUGAGGAGCAUAAUGAUUUCGUAAAUGUAUUGUUAAGGCUACAUAAGGAUGCAGUUCGCCAUGGAGGUUUUUUGAGCAACAUAGAUCAUGUGAAGGCCAUCUUAGUUGAAGCAUUUAUAGCUGGAACAGACACAGCGUCGGCUACAAUAACAUGGACGAUGACGGAGCUAAUGAGGAACCCAAGAGUAAUGAAUAAAGUGCAGGCAGAGCUGAAGCAAAUCACUAAUGGAAAAUCACAUGGAUUCAUCCAAGAAAACGAACUUGACAAGCUUGAAUACCUGAAACAAGUGAUAAAAGAAACGAUGCGGCUAAGGCCUCCUGUCCCGCUGCUCCUUCCACGAGAAACCAUCCAGCCAUGCGAGAUCCGAGGAUAUACGAUCCCUGCAAAUACUCGUGUUAUCAUCAAUGCGGCUGCUAUUUCCACGGACCCAAAUGUUUGGGAGAGGCCGCUAGAGUUUUGGCCAGAAAGGUUUGAUGGAAGCAGAGUGGAUUUCAAGGGACAUGAUUUUCAGCUAUUGCCCUUUGGAUCGGGAAGGAGAAAGUGCCCUGGGAUCAGCUUCGCAAUGGUCAUUGUUGAGCUUGCUUUAGCCAAUCUCCUCCACAGUUUUGAUUGGUCAUUACCGGGUGGAAUGAAAGUGGAAGAUAUUAACAUGGAUUCAGCCGUUGGAAUCACGACACAUAAAAAAGAGCCGCUUUGCUUGGUUGCUAAACCAAAAUGGUGAAGAAGAACUGUAGCCUAAUCUGUGUGUGUGUGUGUGUGUGUGUGUGUGUGUGUGUGUG